GCAGGCACUAAGAUUUAUUACUGUUGAAUUUAACAAUAACUUGCGAUGUCAAAGUUACUUGUAAUUAUUUUAGUAUCUCUUUAUUUGGUAAACAAUAUCGAAUGUGCGGAAGAACGAAAUAGGACUCUGAUCGAAUGUCCCAAUAUAGACAAUCCGGGAGAUCUAAUGGAGGAUUUAAUUUAUACUGCGGAAAAGACAUUGGUUUUAAGAGUGCCAGAUGUGGGGUUCUACAAAAAUAAAAUUUCUUGCAUUUUAAUUGUCGAUCAAAAAUUAUCUAAGGAGGAUCCAGGACUCAAUGCUGGAGGUUUUGGAGAAUAUUUCGCCGAAAUAACUCUUAGACGUGCUCUUUUUGAAACGAUUGACUACAAAAUUCAAGUUUACACAAGCAGCGAUAACUAGAAUUUGUAAAAUUAUUCAAUAAUAGAAUUUGUAAAAUUGUUCAAUAAAAAUUAAG